AUGGGCCAAUGCAAUACGUCGUUGCAAAUUUUUAAAACUGACAUUUCUUCCCCAUCUUCUUAUUUCUCCCUCUCCCCAGGAGCGGCCCGAACAGCGCGGACCUCGUUGGCCCCGAGCUACAACGGCCAGUCGUCGGACCAGUCAGAGAACAUUCCCCCGCAGAAGGCUAAACAGGCAAAGGCACAACCCAUCACCAGGAUGUCGAUGACGGCGGCGGUCCCGGCGACGGCGCCCGCACCCUCCCAGAUCGCGCAACCGGUCAACUCGGUGGCGGCGGCGGCCCUCGGCCAGGCCGGUUCGAACCCGCGUCGGUCGUACGUCGUGAAGGAGGUGGAACGGCUCAAGGAGAACCGGGAGAAGCGGCGCGCCAAGCAAGCGGUCAUCCGCGAGGAGAAGAACGCCCUCAUGAACAUGGACCCGGGCAACCCGAACUGGGAGCUGUCGGCGAUGAUCCGCGAGUACCAGAGCCAGAUCGACUUCCGGCCGCUGCUGGACGGGCAGGCCAUCGAGGACCACCAGAUAACGGUGUGCGUGCGCAAGCGGCCACUCAGCAGGAAGGAGGUCAUGCGGAAGGAGCUGGACGUGAUCUGCGUGCCGACCAAGGACACGCUGAUCGUGCACGAGCCCAAAACGAAGGUGGAUUUGACCAAGUUCCUGGAGAACCACAACUUCCGGUUCGAUUACGCGUUCGACGACAGCUGCGGCAACGAGCUCGUCUACAAGUACACGGCCAAACCGCUGGUGCAGACGAUCUUCGAGGGGGGGAUGGCGACGUGCUUCGCGUACGGCCAGACCGGCUCCGGCAAGACGCACACGAUGGGCGGCGACUUCAACGGCAAGGUGCAGGACUGCAAGAACGGAAUCUACGCGAUGGCCGCCAAGGACGUGUUUGCGUAUCUGCACAGCGCCAAGUACAACCACCUGCAGCUGGUCGUGUCGGCGAGCUUCUUCGAGAUCUACAGCGGAAAGGUAUUCGAUCUCCUCUCGGACAAGCAGAAGCUGCGCGUCCUCGAGGACGGCAAACAGCAGGUGCAGGUCGUCGGGCUGACGGAGAAGGUCGUGGACUCGGUCGAGGAGGUGCUGGGCAUCAUCAACCACGGCAACAGUACGCGCACGUCCGGCCAGACCUCCGCCAACGCCAACUCGUCCCGGUCACACGCCGUCUUUCAGAUCGUGGUGCGGCCCAAGGGCUCGACCAAGAUCCACGGCAAGUUCUCGUUCAUCGAUCUGGCCGGUAACGAGCGGGGCGCGGACACGUCCUCCGCGAACCGCCAAACCCGGAUGGAGGGCGCCGAAAUCAACAAGUCACUGCUCGCGCUCAAGGAGUGCAUCCGGGCGCUCGGCAAGCAGAACGCCCAUCUGCCGUUCCGCGUCAGCAAGCUCACCCAGGUCCUGCGGGACUCGUUCAUCGGCGAGAAGAGCAAGACCUGCAUGAUUGCGAUGAUCUCGCCCGGGCUGAGCUCGUGCGAGCACACGCUCAACACGCUGCGGUACGCGAACCGCGUCAAGGAACUGGUGGCCAUUGAUCCGUCGGAGCGGUCGGACGACGUCGAACCGAUGGAGAGCGACGAGCCCAAGAACGGCGGCGGCGGCGGCCUCAACGAGAACGAUCUGGCGCAGCUGCGGUCGCUGAAUGAACACGACAUGUCGGUCGAGCUGUACAACCAGCACGCGGCCAUCUCGGACCUGCAGCAGACGGAGGAGGAGGUCGUUGACCACCACCAGAAGGUGAACGAGUUCCUGAUGAAGUUCCUGCCCGAGUCGCGCGAGCUCUACAAGCAGACCAACUUUGUCGACUACGACCAGGAUGCAUACUGCAAGCGCGGCGAGGAGCUGUUCACCCAGCUGGCGGAGAUUGCGACCACCUGUAAGGACCUGAUGUCGGAGUUCCGGGCCAAGCUCGCCAAGGAGGAGAUGCUGUCGCACAAAAUCAACCCCGAGCGAAAGUAUAAAUAAGAGCGAUAGAGAGAGCGAGCGAGGUUAGUUGUGUUUGUGUUUGGAAAAAUGAGAGAGCGGCGCGAGAGCGAUCCUCUCCGAUGAGAAUACGAAAGUUUAUCUGAGACACAGAACUCACUCACACAUAUAAAUUUGCGAGAGAGAGAGAAAAAUUGCAAAGAGAAGGAUAUUUAUUUAUUUAACUGCGCUUUGUAUCUCCCAGACUCUGUUUCUUUUUAGUUUGUUUUGGUUUUGUUUACCCACUAAUGCGUCACACGUACCAACCUUAAAAGAACUCACUCACACACUCAAAAAAAAUCGCGUUCGUUGAGGGCGUGUAGUUGUAUCUUUAACGAUAUUAACUCAUUAAAUUAUGUAUAAUUUUACCGUAAUAUAGAUAGUGUACAGCUGAUCUGCCGAAGCGAAGACCGAUUCCCUCGAAACAUUCUGAGUUCAGAGUUCAUUCCUUGUUUGUGUGAAUCUUGUCCGAGUUGAGAGAGAGAGAGCCAAAUCGAAUAAACAAAAAAGUCAGAGAGCGAACAACUUGUACUAACUGUGUUAAGACGUAAACUAUUUUAUCUCUCUACUAGUUCGAUGCAAAAAAAAAGAAAUUUGUCAUUAAUUUUGCAUCGA